AUGGACGGCGAUCUGUCGUUCAGUCAAGUGUCGUUUGAGACGACACAUGCGCCGGACCCCCAGCGCAAGAACAAGUACGCGCUACCGAAUGACCCCAAGUCGGCGCUAGCCGCACUGGAGGCACGGCAGCGCCGCGAGGAGGCCAAGAUCCAGAAGCGCAUCGAGAGCGGACAGGACGCGGCGCAGGUGCGCGAGGCGGCGCAAGAGUCGGAGCGGUGGGGUAAGGCGCUUGCUGCCGCUGAGGGUGUCAAGAUUCGCGACAACGUGCACGCGCUCAAACAGACGAUCAAGCGGCGCGAGCGCACGAAGGAAAAGAGCACCAAGGCCUGGCGCCGCUUGGAGCAGGAGGCGCAGGCGGCCAAGCAAAAGCGCCGCAUGGAGAACCUGGCCGCGCGCCGCGAAGCGAAAAAGACGGGCACCAAGCCCAAGAAGAGCGCUAAGCCCGGCAAGGCGCGCCCCGGCUUCGAGGGCAGCGCCCGCUCGCUCCACGGCGGGCGAUCCUCCACCGGCGCGCGCGCGCCCCAGCGGUAG